CCUAGUGAGAGAAACGCCUGCUUUCUAGAGAGAGAAACCUGUUAAACCCAAUUUCAUGUCUCGAUUUUCAUGGCAAUUCUUCCUAAAUCUGCCAUGCCCACAGCCUCUUGUUCAUCAGAUUUGCCUCGCUUAGCUCAUUUCACCUCUGCUAAGGGUGUCUCCAUGUCGCGCGACAACUUACAGGCUGAAAUCUUGGCCAUCACAGGUGCGCCUUCUUUGUCCCAGGUAAACUGCUCUCCUCCGUCUGACUUGGUAUCUGAGGUAGCUCCUGGUGCUUCCUAUGUGGCUGCUGAUCCUAAUUCUGUUUCUUGGGCCGCUGUUGCUAAGUCUGUCUUGAAGCCCCUAAAUUUUCACCCCCCUGUUCUUGAUAAUGGAAAAUUAAGGGUGAAAGUGCCUCGUGCAAUUCGCGAUGAAGGAAUCAAGUUGUGGGAAGAUUGUUUGAUAGGGACAUUCAUGGGCGAUGCUCCCAGCUACGGUCACAUCUUGAGCAUGGCUAAUCGCAUUUGGGGGAGGCGAUGCCAUAUCUCAGUGACUGGCCUCAGCAACAAUUCUUUCUUAUUCAAGAUCCCUGAUCCGUCUACUAGAGCUUGGGUUCUAAAUUCUGGUCCAUGGCAUGUUGCUCAUAAAACCUUGGUGAUGAGGAAGUGGGAGCCUAACUACAAAGAAUUUAAGCAAGACCCAAAGAGAAUGCCGAUCUGGGUAAAGCUCUGGGAUGUUCCUAUGGAUUUGCUCUCGGUGGAUAGUCUUUGCUAUAUUGCAAGUGGAAUUGGGGUUCCACUAGCUUUGGACAAGGCAACGGAAGAUAGGACCCGAGUUGAUUUUGCCAAAGUUUGUGUUGAGAUUGAGGUUGCAAAUGCCCAGGAUUUGCCUGAAAUUAUCCCUGUUGAUACUGAAGACUUUCCAUCUGUGGAUAUAAGGGUAGAAUACCCUUGGUUACCCACCACCUGUGGCUCAUGCAAGAAGAAAGGGCACACCAGUCGCAAUUGUAAGACAAAGAAACCCAAGCCAAAAACCUACAAGAAGGAAUGGGUUGAGGUUGCAGGUAAGAAUAAGCCAACUGAAGCUCCUGGUAUUAUUCCUGAACCUAACCAAGUUGCUAUAUCUGCGCCUAAAGUUCAGUCUGUCCCACUGGUUAAGGUUGUUGAUGUUUCCCCUUCUAAUCCAGAAGUUGUUGUUAAUUCCCCAGUUCUAUUUGAGGCCCCAUUGACUGAUGUUGAGUCGGUUGCUAUUGGGUCCAUGCCAAUGUUUGCUGCUACAACUAUGCCUGACAAUGCUGAGCCUAACCCUUUAGGGAAGCAAAAUUCUUUUGCAGCCUUGGCUGCUAUUGAUGAUGAGCAAGCUUUUCCUUCCUUGAAGGCAUCCUCUUUGUCUCCUAGGUCUGGCAAGAAACGUAGGCAAGCUUCUUUGGGUGUUGCUGCAGUCACAAAAGCAUUGGCUCCUAGACAAAGAAACACCAAAAAAGUUCAGAAUUCCUCCAGUGAGUUGUCAAAGUUUGAAAAAAUUACUGAAUUUCUUCUCCCAGGGUGGUGCAAGUUUGGAAACUAUGAUUGUGCCUCUUCAGGAAGAAUAUGGCUUCUUUGGAAGCCUCACAUAACUGUUCAAAUUUCAAGUGUCAACUUUCAAGCUGUACAUUGUCAUGUUUUCAAUUCUGCUACAAAGAAGUACAUGUUUGCCAGUUUUAUAUAUGGUGAUAAUUCCCCUGAUCAUAGAAAAUCCCUAUGGGAUGAGUUAGUUCUGCUAAGCAAGAAUUUGCCUGAGGUUCCCUGGAUUUUAGGAGGGGAUUUUAAUGAAAUCAGGUUCCCACAAGAAAGAUCAGAUUGGUUUCAGACUUUAGAAUUCUCAAAGGAUUCAGAGUUAUUUCAUGAGAGGCUUAAUGAAGCAGAGCUUUUUGAUCUCCCUGCUCUUGGACCACAAUUUACAUGGACAAAUAAAAGGGAAAUAGGGCUUAUAGCCAGAAAAUUGGACAGAUUAAUGGUAAAUGGCUCUUGGUUAGAGACUUUCCCAAGCACUAGAGCUGAGUUCCUUCCCCCAGAUAUAUCUGAUCAUUGUGCUGGCGCAGUCACAAUUAUGGCUCAAGAUUCUCAUGUUUCGAGAAAACCAUUCAAAUUCUUUAACUUCUGGACAAAGAAUAGAAGGUUUUUAGAUGUUGUAAAGGAAACCUGGUCAUCUGUUGAGGUGCAAGGGUGCUACAUGUUUCAAUUAUGUAAAAAGCUCAAAGCACUCAAGGCUCCUCUUAGAAAGCUUAACAAAGAAUGUUAUGGUAAUCUGCCUGAAAAAUUGCAGCAGGAGGAGCAAGCUAAGAAAGUGACGGAAUUAUCACUUGCUGAGGAGGCUUACUUGAAACAAAAAUCAAGAGUUCAAUGGCUAAAGGAAGGGGACCAGAACACCACAUACUUCCACAAAGUGAUGAAGGUGAGAAGGAGCAGAAAUAUGAUUAGAGAAAUAUACAGUGAUGAUGGUGAGCUUUUAACCCAGUAUGUAGAUAUUGCAAAAGAGGCUGUUGGUUUCUUUGAGAGAUUGCUAGGGACAGAAGAUCCUAAUUGCAAUGGAGGUGAUCUUGAUCUGCUAAGAUCCAUUUUUGACUACCAACUUCCUGAUGAUGUUCAACAGUCCCUCACUAAACCCAUUACAGCGGAUGAAUGCAGAUUGGCAUUUUUUAGCAGUCCAAACAACAAAAGUCCUGGCCCUGAUGGUUAUACGAUUGAAUUUUAUAAAGCAGCUUGGAACAUUGUUGGAGACUUAGUCACUAAAGCCAUUCAAGAAUUUUUUCUCUCAAGGAAGCUACUAAGAGAGGUAAAUUCUACCAUAAUUUCUUUAGUGCCUAAAGUUCCAUGUCCCUCAAAGAUGACUGAAUAUAGGCCUAUAGCUUGCUGUAACUUGCUGUAUAAAUGCAUUACAAAGAUCAUUGCUAACAGAUUGAAGAAGUGUCUGCCUCUCUUCAUUAGCAACAAUCAGUGUGCAUUUGUGGAAGGGAGAUUAAUGGUAGAAAACAUUUUGCUUGCUCAAGAAAUAGUUAAGCACUAUCACAAGCCUAAUAUGAAGCCUAGAUGUGCCUUGAAAAUUGACUUGAUGAAGGCAUUUGACUCUGUGAGCUGGAAAUUUCUCCUUAUAGCCUUGGAAGCUCUAGGCUUUCCUACUAUUUUUAUCACUUGGAUUAGAGCUUGUAUCACUUCCCCCAUGUUUUCAGUAGCUUUAAAUGGAAAUCUAGAGGGCUAUUUCCCUGGGAAGAAAGGAAUAAGACAGGGUGACCCCUUGUCCCCAUACUUGUUUGUCAUUUGUAUGGAGGUUCUGUCACGACUUUUGAAUAAAGCUGCUCAAGAAGGAAAUCUACCAUAUCAUCCUAACUGCAAAAAGACUAGCCUCACACACCUAUGCUUUGCAGAUGACCUACUAAUUUUUACAGAUGGGAGCUCAAGAGCUGUUGGGGAAUUAGAUUCAAUUCUUAAGCAAUUCUACCUGGUGACAGGUUUGAAGGUCAAUUACCAGAAAUCUGAAAUUUUUUGUUGUGGGAUGCCAAACCAGGUUAUCAAGGAGUUAACUGAAACCUAUGGCUUCAAAGUAGGUACUCUUCCUGUCAGGUACCUUGGAGUACCUCUAAUUACUGGAAGGUUGACGGAUGCAGCUUUGAAACCUCUCAUCUCAAAAAUAACAGACAGGAUAAAUUCUUGGUCUUCAAAAUAUUUGUCCUUCGCAGGGAGGCUACAACUCAUUUCUUCAGUACUUCAAGGGAUAACGAAUUUCUGGUGCUCUGUAUUCAUCUUGCCAAAAAGGGUUAUUACAGCUGUUGAGGCUAAAUGCAGUGCUUUUCUAUGGAAAGGUAAAUCAAUUGAUGCAAGAGGUGCAAAAGUAAGCUGGUCUGCAGUUUGCCAGCCAAAGAUGGAAGGAGGUUUAGGCAUUAAACCUCUGUUGAGCUGGAAUAAUGCAUGUAUUCUGAGAUUUAUUUGGCUAUUAUUUUCCAAGGCUGGCUCAAUUUGGGUAGCUUGGGUCAAGGAAUACCUCCUUAAGGGGAAGAGUUUUUGGUCAAUUCCGAUUCCAAAUGAUGCUUCUUGGAUUGGGAUUGGGGAUUCGAUCUAUCUAUGGCAUGAUUUUUGGCAUCCGAAUGGACCUCUCAUUGAAGUUUAUGGUCAGAAAAUUGUAUAUGAUGCAGCCAUCCCAUCUCAGGCUAAGCUUUCCCAAGUGAUUCAGGGUUCCUUCAAAACUGGUUCUACUUGGAACUAUUUGAGAGAUAAAGGGACCAAAGUGCAGUGGUUUAGGCUUGUUUGGUUUUCCCAUUCAAUACCAAGGCAUUGUUUUAUCUCUUGGUUGGCAAUCUUAAACAGGCUCUCCACCAAAGCUAGGCAAAAGCGUUGGACCCCUUCCAUUGAUGAUACUUGCAUGCUAUGUAAGGAUGCGAGUGAGUCUAGAGAUCACUUGUUCUUCUCUUGUCCUUACUCAAGGCAACUCUGGGAACAAAUUUCAUUACUGCUGGGUGUUCCUUCAACUUGCUCUUGGCAAGAUGUAUUAACUUGGUUCUGUAGAAAGACCAAGCGUACAGCUUUGUACAACACACUUCUCAAGCUGGCAUGGUGUGCAUCAAUCUAUUACAUUUGGACUGAGCGUAAUAACAGAAUUCAUAGGCAAGUGUUCACAUCUCCAUCUGCACUUGUGGAUAAAAUUCAAGCAGAUGUCCGGGAUAGAGUUCUUGGCUUUGCUAAAGAAAAGACAUUUCCCUUGUCAAAGGAGGUUGCUACAAAUUGGGGGCUGGAUGUUCUUUGCAUAUGAAUUUUGUUGAAAUUGUAGUAUUUUAGUGUAUUGUUUCAUUUUUUGUACAAAGUAUUGGUAGCAGCCUAAAAUAAAGCACUGCUUAGUGUAUUGUGUUGAUUUAGAAAUAAAUUCACAUUUCACCA